AUGAGUGGUCCGCCCAGCCUGCCGCCUCCGAGACGCAGCAGUAUGGCCCAGAAGCGAAACCCCGCCUCCAUGAAGAAGUCCUCAGCGCCGCCGCCUCCGGAGAACGGUUCCGCCACCAAUGGAACCAACCCCAAACCUUCAUCAACUUCUCAAUCGCCUGUUGCAGGGGAGAGGACAGUGAAGAAUCUGAGGUUGUCUAAGGCACUUACAAUUCCAGAGGGAACCACUGUGUCGGAUGCCUGUAGGAGGAUGGCGGCAAGGCGUGUUGAUGCUGUUCUUCUGACCGAUGCUAAUGCCUUGCUUUCGGGAAUUGUUACUGACAAGGACAUAACAACCAGGGUCAUAGCUGAGGAGUUGAGGCCAGAUCAGACAACAAUUUCGAAAGUAAUGACAAGAAACCCAAUUUUUGUGAACUCAGAUUCAUUAGCUAUUGAUGCUUUGCAAAAGAUGGUCCAAGGAAAAUUCCGGCACCUUCCUGUGGUGGAGAAUGGUGAAGUUAUAGCACUAUUAGAUAUUACAAAGUGUCUGUAUGAUGCCAUAUCAAGAAUGGAGAAGGCUGCUGAGCAGGGGAGUGCAAUUGCAGCGGCAGUCGAAGGCGUUGAGCGUCAACUUGGAAAUAAUUUUUCUGCACCAUUGGCUUUUAUAGAAACACUUAGGGAACGCAUGUUCAAGCCUUCAUUGUCUACGAUCAUUUCUGAGACUUCUAGGGUUGCAACUGUAUCGCCUUCAGAUCCUGUUUAUGUUGCUGCUAAAAGAAUGCGUGAAUUACGGGUCAAUUCGGUUCUUAUUAUGACAGGAAGCAACAUCCAGGGGAUACUCACUUCAAAAGAUAUACUCAUGCGAGUUGUGGCCCAAAACCUCUCUCCUGAACUGACGCUUGUUGAAAAGGUUAUGACACCUAGCCCUGAAUGUGCAACCCUGGAGACGACUAUUCUUGAAGCAUUGCACAUAAUGCAUGAUGGAAAGUUUUUGCAUCUUCCAGUUGUAGACAAAGAUGGAGGUGUUGCUGCCUGUCUAGAUGUUUUGCAGAUAACUCAUGCAGCAAUUUCUAUGGUUGAGAGUAGCUCUGGCACUGUUAAUGAUGUUGCAAAUACAGUAAUGCAAAAUUUCUGGGAUUCAGCUCUUAAUUUGGAAGCCCCUGAUGAUUAUGACACUCACAGUGAAAUGUCUAUGUCCCAUCCUUCAGAUGCUACCGAACAUGCAAAGUCUGCAUACCCAAAUCUCGGCCUCGGAAACUCAUUUUCUUUCAAAUUCAAGGACCACAAAGGGCGUGUCCACCGAUUUAGUUUCGGCACCGAAAAUCUAGCUGAACUAGUCUCUGCUGUUAUGCAACGAGUUGGUGCACACAGUGAUCAGCAACCCCCUCAGCUGUUGUACGAAGAUGAUGAAGGCGAUAAAGUCCUGCUCACGACGGAUGGAGAUCUUAUUGGUGCCAUAACCCAUGCAAGAUCUGCCGGACAAAAGGUCUUGAGGUUACAUUUAGAUUACCACGAUUCAAAUCUCGAAACAGAGCAGCCAUUGGCUGAAAAGAUCGAGAUUGCAGAGAAAGCUGGGCCCGCCUCUAUACGUUACGGGAUAUUUGCAGGUGCACUCGUUCUCACAGGCUUUGGUGUGUUGGUCUACUUGAAGCGCACAAAAAAUUGA